CCUACACUCACUCACCACUUUAACCAAAUCCACUCAUUCAACCUCAAUAUACUGCAACAAUGCGUUUCUUCACCUUCAUAAUCACUGUCUUCGCAACCAGCGCCCUCGCUGCCCCGGCCGCCAUCAACCCCGACUGGAUGGGGGGUAUUCUCAACAUCUUCAACAGACCCCACCGCAAAGUCAGCGCUGAAGCUAGUGCUAGCCCCAGUGCCAGUGCUGCCAGUUCCAGUGUCGCUUUGAUUCCUACUCCGAGUCCCACCGUUGGCACCAUUGUCCCGCUGUAAUAUUGCCGGCUUCGUGCAAGGGAAUCAUCGCUAUAGUAGGCUAUUGCGCGGGGAAUAUACAAUAUGGAUGAAAUAAAAGGGAAAAAUGGAGGACGCAGCCGUCUCGACGUCUCGAUAGUCUCUGAAGUAGCUCUUCUGUUCCAUUU